GUUUUUUGAAAAUAGGGUUCAGCUUCUUUGAUGGCGACGUGAUGCAUCAUCUUUGCUCGUUCAUCGGUCUUCAGCCUUCAACCUUCAGCCUUAUCUCUUUUUGCACCCCAGUACCCUAACCACAGCCCUAUUUCGCUUUCCCCGCUCUUGUGAGUCUUUAAUCCUCUCCUGCAACCCAUUGCAUCUCCUCAACACAAAGCACGCUCUUCGGAAUGACGACAAUCGGAUACCCAUACACGCUACCGACGACAGCAAACAUGUCCUUCCACGAGUUCGUGGUACCAGUAAGCAACGAUACUCAAUAUCAGCGCCCGCUCUCAGAUGCGACUGCCUUCCGUGGCCGAUUGCGAACUGCACUCAAGGAACAUAAGCAUUCGGACCGGCAUGACUUUUUAAACAUUCAAAAGGCACUCGAGGAUUAUAUCCCAUUGCUGUUUGGCGUGGUAGCCGGGAUCGAGAACACCGAGCUGCGCUUAACGAACGAAGUCGAGACAGUGUGGCGUUGCACCAUGUCCAGCGUCUCGCUGUCAUCCAAGCAACCUCGCGUGAAGCACAAGUCGAUUCACUAUGAAGCCAUCUUCACACUUCUCACCCUGGGCUACGUGCUCAUGGACCGCGCCAACGAGUACUCGCACACAGUCCAGAAGAAGAUCCUCGUCGCCAUCGGAGAUAUCUCCAGUUACGCUGGCGGAUACGGCGAUGGAUCGUCUAUGGUAGGGAGCCAUAUCCAUCACAGUGGGAUAGCAGGCGGAUCUGGUUCAGGAAUAGGAGGAGGUGCUGGCUCUGGAUUAGGAUCAGGAAGCGGAAGCGGAGGAGGGGCCAGCAGUGGUGGUUCGCAUGGUGUCGGAGCAGCAACAUCCCGUCUCUUCAAAAAGGGUACCUCUUCCACACCAUCGCCCUUCAAAUCUACCAAGAAUACAAAUACCAUUGGCGAAUUUACGGAUUACUUAAACGACGGGGAUCUGGCAGCAAUUGAUCAUCAAUUGACGCAGGCUGCGGAUCUGUAUUGCAAGGCGGCCGGUGUCUUUGAAUAUGUAGUUCAAAGCAUAAUCCCCAGGUGGAACAAAUCUCUGGUAGCCGAUUUUAUGCAGGAUACUACUGGAGAUGUUGGCAGUACGAGUGGGACAUUGGAUCUUGGUAAGACCUCAUCAUCAUUGUCCUCAGUAACAGCAGCCAACGCCAAGAAGGUGCUCUCAGAAAGUUCUCGUCCAGUCGACGUGCAAUCUGCCGUGGUCUCUGCCCAUAUCAAGCUAGCUCUUGCAGAGGCACAUGCCUGCACUGUACGGAAAGCAUCGAUCAAGGCUACUAGGGCAUCUGCGAACAAAACAUCCGCGCCCACUUUCUCAAAAUCCGGAGCCGGAGUAAGCGUAGCAGGUGCAGGAAUAUCCAAGACCUCCUAUGUUCUUUUGGCAAAGCUCACCAUUGGCGUCAAAGAAGAGUAUGAACGCGCCUAUGGGCUGCUGAAGUCUGUCAAGGAUUUGAACGAGAUCGCGAGCGAGUUCAGGGCUCACGUCAAGGAUGCUAAGCUGUAUUAUGAAGCUUUGGCCCAGACCUUCCUUGGGAUGGAUGCCUAUGAAGCACAACAAUAUGGCAAAGCAAUUGGGUUCAUGUCGGUCGCCCGCGCCACAUUCUUGUCACUCACGAAAUCAAGUAAGGCCCACACGAUCGCACAAGCUGCCUCGUUUGAGUAUCGCCUCGCGAACGAAAAGGUGGUUGCGUUUCAGAAAAUCAACGACUCGGUUACGUUUGAACAAGUACCCACUCAGACACAGUUGCUUGGCGUUAUGCCCAGUGGCCGCGAUCUGCUCUCGCCAAAGAAAUAUAUUGCUCCAAGACCCUGCUUUGGAAGCGCGGCUACGGCGACCGAAGGGGCUCAUGGCGGUGCUGGCGACAGCAUCAAUAAAUUAUCGUAUGCGAUGCAGGGUGCUUAUUUUUGAAGCUAAAUACUCGAGCAGCAUUCAAUAAACGUUUUGACA